UCAAAGCCUUCUCCCAAAUCAGUCGCUCAAUUUCUUGAAUUUUAGGUCUUAGUUGAAUCUCUCUCUGUCUCCCACUCCCUUCUCUUUCUCGAUCUCUCUCUCGACUCUAGCAUCAAUGGCGCCGCCACCAGGACCUUAUUCAGGAACCAGCACACUUGCUCUGGUGGCUAGAGUAUCCGCUUUUUCGUUUGGACUGGUUUAUGGAAGCAUGAAGCUCAAGUAUCUUAAGGCAAAAGCCAAAUCUCAGCAGAAAGCUGCAGCCAAGGCAGGCCACUGAAAGAUGCGAGUUGUUUUCACAGAGUCUUCUAGAGGAAUAACUUGUAAUGAUCGAAAACUAUUAUCAUUUUGUGCGAAUGUCGUACGCUGUGAGUUUUUAUAAGUUUAGUUUUGCAUCAUUGUUUUGGCUUUAACCAUUAUGUCUAUGGUUCAAAUUCCUCUUGGUGGAUAUUGAGAAGUUUGAAUGAUGCACAAUCUGAAAAAAAAUAAUCUGUCAUGUUCACAUGCAUGAGUACAUGCUUUUGGCUGUGAUUCUGUUUCA